AUGCGUUUCACCUCGCUCGUCACCCUCCUCCCUGCUCUGGCCAUGGCCCAGGAGCAGGUUCCCCUCGCCGACCGUGUGCAGGGGUGGUUCAACCAGGUCAAGUCCUAUGUGCCAACAGCAGCCCCAGCUUCCCCAAUUGAGAAGUUGGCCGAGAAGGUUACCGAGAAGAGCGUCACAAACGUGUCCUUGGACAACUGGCAGUCCAUCCUUACCCCAGGACCCCAGGCGGAGGACUUGUUGAUCUACAUCACCGGAGGCAACAAGACUUGCUUCGGUCGCUGCGGAACUGCCGAUAAGGCAUUCAAGGAAUCCGUCCUGUUGUUCUCCGCUGACCCUACCUCACCUCACCUCGGAUAUUUGGAUUGCGAGGCAAACCAGGUCCUGUGCGCCGCCUGGUCUGCCAGCGCUCCCUCCGUUCAGUACUACCAGAUCCCCAAGGCACCUGCUGUUGGCGAGGAGCGUGCUCCGACUCCUCUCCGCAACAUCUACCUGAACGCCACCACCGUCACCCCCGCGACUAUCUACGAGAUUCACGCUAAGAAGACCUACGAGAAGGUCCCCAUUUACGAGGGCGCUCUCCACCCCGUUGACGGCUGGGUCGCUAAGUACCAGCUCAACAUCCCCAUGGGCUACGUUAUCUGGGGUCUUGGUGCUGUCCCCAGCUGGCUGUUCAUGAUUGGUAUCAGUUUCUUUAGCCGGACCAUGAUGGGCCGUCGCGCGGGUCCUACUGGAAACGCCCCUCGGGCUGCUGCCCCCGCUGGUAGCGCAAACUAA